AUGAGGAGGACUACCUCCGCCUCCUCCAUAAACGGCGCCAUCUGUUCCCCUGCAACGAAUCCCGUCAAAAUCCUCGAGCUGGAGGUGACGCAGGUAGCAGAGGAGUUGACAAUGGUGAGCAUGAGACAUGGCAAUGCCCACAACGCCAUUGCAAAGGUGUGCGAGGCACUCGAGUCGCUCUGUCUCAAGGUGAUCUCGACAAGCAUCACUGCCGUGGCUAGUGGCAUCAUCCAUAACAUGUUCAUUGAGGGAUGUCACCACGUGAAUGGCAUCAAGUGUAUGUUGGAUUCCCAAUGA